UUUCCCUAUCCUUUCCCCCCUAAUCCAGGGUGUUAUGCGUCACCGUGCCUAUUGGAUGGUUUGCAGCCAGGGGUAUCCGGCUGUAUUCUAACGGCGCUCUCCUGAUACCGGGUCACCUCAGGAGGUAGAAUGACCUUGCCACGGCGGAGGGGACCGCUGUGGUCGACGUCUCCCUUCUCCCCCCCUAAAUACGUAGUCCGCCACGCUCGCCACGUCGAGCAGUGCGGACGUUUAUGAAAAAAGAUGAACCAAAACAAAAAACCCGCCUCGGAUAACCGAGAACCCCCCAAAAAAAGUAGACCCACCCAGUCAGGAAGGUCCGGUCUGUCCUCGGACAAGACCAAGCAAGCCAGCGGUGCAAAGUCUGUGGCCAAGCCAGGGCUGAGCAUACGCUCUGUCCCCUCUGGGACUGCCUCAACGGCAUCGAGGCCCCCUUCCGGCAACCGGUCUAGCCAUGUCCCUAGACAAGCUAGCGAGGAUUUUAAUCCGUCCGGUGCUGGUAGCAGACCCACCCUCGCAGAUAGGUCUUCGGGAGGCAAGGGCAGCCCUGUCACAAGACAAGCUAGCCCUGCUGCCGUCCCCGCCACUCCAGGAGGCAAGGGAACAUCGACAGGUGCAAUCCCUAAAGCGGCGUCGGCGACAUCAGACCGCAUGGCUAAGCCAGCGGCCUCUGAGGUGCGCCAUUCUGGCACUAAUGUAGCGAUGGGCAGUAGCCAUCCCCAGAAGCACAUUAGUGCAUCAGAAAGGUACUAUCGUACCAGACGGUCAGCCCUCAGAAUCCUGGAGAGACUGAGGGAUAAGAAGCCAGAAGAACUGACCGCAGAAGAGCUGGACUCAAGAAAUUGGGCCGAAAAGUUUAUGGCUGAACACCAGGCGAAAGCCAAACAAGAGUCUGCUCAAGGCAAGCGGAAGUCCUCUAGGGAGCUAAGCUCGGAACCCAAGAGAACAAGGGUAUCCGCCUUUUUAACAGCGGACGAGCUGCAGAAAAGAUCCUUCGCGGACGCGGCGAAGGACACAUUUACCAGGGCUGUGAUAGACCGCAGCUCACUUGAUGGUGCAAUAUCACCACAGAACUGGGACCUGGUCAACAGGCGACUCUGGGCCGUCUAUAAGGAGGUUCUAGGGGAAAACCCAGGACCACCCCCCAGUUGUGCGGACGCCGGUUGGUUCCAAAACCGCGUCAAAUUAACAAGGUGCGCGGACCAGAGAUCCGUCGACCUAUACACCCUGGCCAUCAGUCGCGUAGGCGAGGUCUGGCCGGGUGCACGCCUUGAGGCGAUAAAGCGGGAAGACAUUCCCAAUCGGCCCAGAUCCAGGGCCUGGAUUCCAGACUUCCACACCGACCCACAGGAAGUGCUGGAAUGGAUACGUAUGGGCAACCCCGAGCUACCCACCCACGACUGGAAGGUAGCAAAGAUAGGCGAUAUCGAUGGCAAGCGAAGGUUAGCGGUAAUAGUCCUCAACGAGGAAUCAGUAGAACCGCUAGCCAACCAAAACUGGAGGAUAAAUUAUGGCUUCCAAGCCUUGAACCUCCAUGUUUAUCGGCAGGACGUGUCAGGGAAACAACACCCUACCGACGAAGCGAGCGCAGUGGAAAGUGCUACUGACGACGAAGUGGCAUCCACCUCCGGAAUGGUCGGCGAACUCUUCGAGAGGGUGACUCUAGAAGAGGGGGCGGGGGACCACUCCGACUUUUCCGACACCAUGGUGGAAGGAGAAGGGGAGGAUAUCCUCCCCCUUUCUGACGAAGAGGACGUCAACCGGACUGUGGUUGGCUGUCCAGCAGCAGCACGCGAAACUGAUGGUGGGGAUAGUUCAGAUUAAUCUCCACCACUGCAAGGCGGCCUCAGCCGCACUUCUCCUCCGUCUCGCCGAAAGAGAAGAGGAGAUCGCACUCAUCCAGGAGCCUUGGGUCAUAAAAGAUCGGGUUUGUGGAUUGAAUAUGAAGGGAUAUAAGCUGUUCUAUGUAACUGACAAAGUUUAGCGAUGCGGACAACGUCAUCAUAGCAGUGGAAUCAGGCGGAAUGUCUAUUUGGCUGGCUUCCACAUAUAUGGCCCACGACGCAGAAACAUUACCUCCACCACAAUCCUUAAGGAGCGCGGUAAUGGAGGCCUCUAGACGCGGCACUCCGAUGGUCAUAGGAGCGGACGCGAAUGCCCAUCAUCACAUAUGGGGCAGCUCAGAUACAAAUGAACGCGGUGAGUCGAUAUUCGAAUUCAUUAUGUGCAAUAACUUACAGGUUAGCAACGUAGGUGAUACCCCUACCUUUGUGACGUCUGUUAGAAGGGAGGUCCUUGACAUUACAUGUGUCAAUGAGCAGGGGGCAGAACUCUUGAAUGACUGGAGAGUCUCAAAAGACAACUCCUUUUCAGAUCACAUGUACGUCGUUUA